GCUUGAGACUCUCAUAAAGAGCUUACUUGUCUCAGAAAUGCCAAUAAGUAUGUUAGAUCCUACUAAUUAGGUGAAUAGUUUAAUUGUUAGAGCAUUGUGUUGUCUCCUAGGAAAAUCCUAGCUGAAUGCUUAACCUAAUGGUUAUAAGGUUGUGAUUUGCUACUUAUUUCAGAAAUUCCCUGGAUGAGUCUUCAUUCUUCAUAUGUGUAAGGUUGCAAGGAAGCAAGCAUGAAAUUGAAGAAUAGUCUUCAGUAGAGCUUCUAUCCAUUAGCUCUACUUUGUUUUCUGUAAUUUUGCUCAAGUCUCUUCCCUUUUCUUAAUAGCAAUCUUUGACUCUCUAAAGGACUCUCUUGUUGUCUCUUAGAUUUUUUUUGUAGACUAAAUAUUUCCAUGUACUUUAGUAGUUUUUCCUGUGACGUGAUCUUCAGAUCUGUUGCUAUAUUCGUGUCCUUCCUGGACACAUUCAAGUUUGUCAUUGUCUUUCUGAAAAUUCAAUGUCAGAUAUAUCCCAGAGGAACCAAAGAAAGAAGGAAAGGACCUAUAUGUAUAAAUAUAUUUAUAGCAGUACUAGUAGCAGAGAGCUGGAAACAAUAGAAACAAAUCAAUUGAGGAAUGGCUGAAAAAAUAUGUAAAUGUAAUAGAAUAUUAUUUUGCCAUUUAAAAAAUGCCAAAGGAACAGAUUUAGUGAAACUGAAGUCUUAUGUGAAGUGAUGCUGAACAUAAUGAGAACAAUAUAUACAAUGACUGUAACUUUGGAAGACUUAACUAUAAUGCAAUAGUCAAUCACAUCCUCAUGGUGAAGAGGCUUCUUAUUCUUACCUUUUGGCAGAAAGGUGAUGACAAAAGGUACAGAAUGAAACAGACAUUUUCAGAUACAACCAUUAUUGUGUGACUUUGUGUUGCUUGACAAUACAAGGGAGGAUUUUUAGGGAAGGAGGCAGACACUUGUUGGGGAAAUAGUGAUAGCCAUCAUAAAAUGAAAAAAAUCCACCAGUGAUACAUUUAAAAUAUGGAGACCAGAAGAAGGUCUAGAAGGGGACUGGCUGGUACUGCUUUGCAAAAUUUCAUGUAUACUCUUAAAAACAAAAUAGACUAUAUGUGAUCAACAUUUAUGGUUUCAUAAAUAAUCUCUUUUGUGUUUGGAAAUGUUGUUAAUGUUUGCCAAAUUCUUGUUUGAAAAAAAUUUGCAAAUAUGUAAGGCCAAAAAGUGAACACAAGACUUAAUUUUACCCCGAUUUGUAUAAUUUGAGAUAAAUCUGAAAUGAGAAAUUUGGUAGGGUAAUACAGAGUAAAUAGAUGGUGGAGGCUGGGAUUACCAUUAUGACCCCUCAAACAAAGGGAGAGAAUCACUGGCUGGUCAUUGGAGGGGUUGGGAAAAGAGAAAGAAAAUCACAAUAUCUUAGAAAAUAAUAGAAAGAUAAAAAUAUCUUCAACCUGUGGAUGAGAGAGGUACAGACCACAACUAUGGGCCACUUUGUUUAAAAAAAAAAAGGAAACAGAAGAAUGACAUCACUUUGUAGUUUACUAACUGCAUUCACAUCUAUUUUCAUAAAAAUUGACAUUUAAGUAACACUUUUAAUGUGUACAAAAUGUUUUGUACAUGUUAUUUCAUUUGACCUUUUUAACCCUGAAAUAGAUAGAAUGAGUGUUAUUCCUAUUUUAUAAUUUUAUAGAUGAAGAGAUAAGGAGUGAGCAUAACCUUGAGAGCUAAUAGUAGACUGGGGUAGAGCCCAGGGUUCCUGUUUCCUGGGCCAGUACUUCCUCCACAGUACCAUUACUGCCUCCUUUUAUGAGAAUAGAAGCAUAACAAAAUAUAAACCAAUUUGCUUGUUUAUAACACAGUAGCCUAUGCAAGUCUAAUAUACCAGUUUGGAAGUCUCACUGUAAUGUUAGACAAGAAACAAUGAGUAAAACUGACUGGUGAAUUAUUCUCGAGUGAGAAAUCAGAAAUGCUCCACAAUUCAUUGCCUUUUUUAAAAGAUGAAUUAAAGACUUAAAAAUUCACUUUCAUUUCAAGUAAUAAAUGAACAGCCAAGGCAACUUGAGCAAAUUUCUUAUCUUUCAGUUCUUGGCUUGAGUUUUGCAGGAAGCUUGGAAAUGAGAUGAGUCAUUUGUCAUUUUCUACAGAGUGGAUUGGAGAAAUCGGAGAUGGUGGCUGUUCCUGUUCUCUUUGCAUUGGGAAGAAAGCAGAUACCAUUAGAGUCAGUUCAAUAGACUACUGGAAUGACUUUCCUUCUUUUCUCUAUCCCUUAAGCCUUCUUUGCUCUUGGAGCUUAAUAUAACACUUCGACUGAAACACAAAAGAAAACUUAUGUGCAUUGCAUAAGGAAAUUCAAAACUGUUUAAAUGCUGGAGAAGCACAAAGAGAAUUUGCCAAGAAUAAGAAUUUGCUAUUUGCUAAGUUCUUACCUGUGGGACUAACACAAGUGAAUAGUCCUGUUGGAUAUAGCCAGCCACAAUGCUGGGCUCAAUCAGCCACUAUGAUUUUGUCUUCUCAAUGUGUGAAACCCUAAGCUAGUCACAUUUUUGUUGAUUCAUCUUCAAAGAGCUGAAUGAGAUUUCUUGAACUCAAAAAGAUCCUUAUUUCAACACUCAAAAUUUUAUUGAGAAAACCAAGUCCCAGAGAGGGGAAUGAAUAUAAUCUGCUCAGUAUCACGCUGCUAAUUUUGAGCAUAGACUCUAGAAGAAUUCGUCAAUAAAAAAUAGUUUUUUAAAGGCUUUCUUGAAUUGUUCAGUGAUGAGUUUCUGGAUCUUGCUUAGUAUUUUUUGUCAUUUUUUUAACCCUUACCUUCCUUCUUAGAAUCAAUGCUGUGUAUUGGUUCCAAGGCAGAAGAAUGGUAAGGGCUAGGCAAUGGGGGUUAAGUGACUUGUCCAGGGUCACACAACUGGGAAGUUAAUGAGGCCAGGUUUGAACCUAGGACCUUCUGUCUCUAGGCCUGGCUCUCAAUCCACUGGGCUAUGCAGCUGCCCCCUCGUGUUUUUUUUUUUUUAACUCACAUCUGGUAUAUAUUUUGUUAGUCAGAAUUUUACAAAAUUGGAUCUGUAUAUAAUAGGUUGCACUUUUUUCUUUUUAUUUUUAAAAUAUUUUUCCGUGUUUCCAUGAUUCAUUUUCUUUCCCUCCCCCCUCCCAGAGCCAAGAAGCAAUCCCACUGAGUUGUACAAAUAUUAUCACUUAUACCUAUUUCCAUAUUAUUUAUUUUUGUAAUAAAAUAAUCUUUUAAAACCCAAACCUCAAAUCAUGCAUCCAUAUAAAAAAGUGAUAAGUCAUGUGUUUUUCUUCUGUUUCUACUCCCAAGGUUCUUUCUCUCUCUCUUUCUUUUUUAAAUUUUAUUUAGUCAAUUUAGAACAUUAUUCCUUGGUUACAAGAAUCAUUCUUUCCCUCCCCCUGCCCAUAAUGGACACGCAAUUCCACUGGGUAUUAUAUGUGACCUUGAUCAGAACCUAUUUCCAUGUUGUUGAUGUUUGUACUAGGAUAUUCAUUUAGAGUCUACAUCCCCAAUCAUAUUCCCCUCGACCCAUGUAAUCAAGUAGUUGUUUUUCUUCUGUGUUUCUACUCCCACAGUUUUUCCUCUGAAUGUGGAUAGUGUUCUUUUUCAUAGAUCCCUCUGGGUUGUUCAGGAUCACUGCAUUGCCACUAAUGGAGAAGUUCUUUACAUUCGAUUGUGCCACAGUGUAUUAGUCAGUGCUCUCCUGGUUCUGCUCCUUUCACUCUGCAUCACUUCCUGGAGGUCAUUCCAGUUCACAUGAAAUUCCUCCAGUUCGUUAUUCCUUUGAGUACAAUAGUAUUCCAUCACCAAUAUAUACCACAAUUUGUUCAGCCAUUCCCCAAUUGAAGGGCAUCCCCUCAUUUUACAGUUUUUUGCCACUACAAAGAGUGCAGCUAUGAAUAUUCUUGUACAUGUAUUUUUCCUCAUUAUCUCUUUGGGGUACAAACCCAGCAGUGCUAACACCCUUUGGGAAUAGUUCCAAAUUGCCCUCCAGAAUGGUUGGAUCAUUUCACAACUCCACCAGCAAUGCAUUAAUGUCCCAACUUUGCCACAUCCCUUCCAGCAUUCAUUACUUUCCUUUGCUGUCAUGUUAGCCAAUCUGCUUAGAUGUGAGGUGAUACCUCAGAGUUCUUUUGAUUUUCAUCUCUCUGGUUAUGAGUUUUAGAACACUUUUUCAUGUGCUUAUUAAUAGUUUCGAUUUUUUUAACUGAAAAUUGCCUAUUCAUAUCCUUUGCCCAUUUAUCAAUUGGAGAAUGGCUUGAUUUUUUUGUACAAUUGAUUUAGCUCUUUAUAAAUUUGAGUAAUUAGACCUUUGUCAGAGGUUUUUGUUAGGAAGAUUGUUUCCUAAUUUGUUGCUUCCCUUCUAAUUGUGGUUGCAUUGUAGAUUGCACAUUUGGCUACAUAGCAAAACAAUUACUUUUUUAAGUGUAUUUUAUAGUUGUAUCCAAGUAAUUAGUGUUAGAUUUUAUUCUUUCCUCUUUGGACAGGGUUUGACUGUUAUUAACCAAUGUUAGCAUAAUUGGUAAACUGGUACCAAACAAUUUUGAUAAAUAUCCACAGAAGGCAUUCUUUGCUGCAUUUCACACAUUUGCCUAUUUUUUUCACACUGGAGUGCUUCCCCUGUGUCAGAGCAGACAGCUGGGGAUACUGAAUUCACAUUCAGUGAUUCAGAUGCUCUCAGUUUUAGGAUUGAGUUCCUCAAAUCAGUUUUGAAAAUUGAAAAUAUUUAGUACAUUAUUAAGCCAGUAGUCUUUGUUUUGAAGCAAGUAGAUCUAAUAGGAUAACAUUGUGCAAAUGGAAUGGGUGCUGAACAUGGAGUCAAGAGAUGGAUCCAGAGGCACCUAGGUGGUUCAGGGGAUAGAGAACCAAACCUGGAGAUGGGAGGUCCUUGGUUCAAAUUUGACCUCAGACACUUCCUACCUGUGUGACUCUGGAGAAGUCACUUAACCUCAGUUACCUCACCCUUAUGAGUAUUCUGCCUUGGAGCUGAUACUUAGUAUAUCCAUUUAAGGAAAAACAAAAAACCCUUGCCUUUCAUCUUGGAAUCAAUACUGUGUAUUGGUUCCAAGACAGAAGAGUAGUAAGGGCUAGGCAAUGGGGGUCAAGUGACUUGCCCAGGAUCACACAGCUAGGAGAAGUAUCUGAGGCCAGUUUUGAACCUAGGACCUCCCAUCUCUAGGCCUGGCUCUCAAUCUAACUGAGCUACCCAGCUGCCCCUCUUAGUAUCCAUUCUAAGACAGGUAACAGUUUUAAAAGUAAAAUAAAAAAGAGAGACCUGGAUGCCAACCCUUGCUAUAAUAAUACAUAGCUGUGUAAUUAUGAGCAAGUCACUGAACCUUUCUGACAAUAGUACUUACAUUACCUACCUCACAGGGUGGUUCUAAAGAAAGAGAUUUGAAAACCUUAGAAUGCCAUGUAGUAGUUGUGGCAGAGGCCAUUUAGUUUUUAAAUAACAAUUCUUUUGUCACCAUUAGUUGUGAAAAAUUUGGCUGAUCCCUUUGAAUGGGCAGCUGGGCUUUUUCAUGCUAACCUAAAGAACUUUACCUUUACCUUUUCCCCUGAGAUCAAGCUUGUCACAUUUCUACCUCAAAGAAUACUUUCUUUGACAGAGAAAAGAGAUUGAACCCAUGCAGAUCCUCACUUGGGCAGAAUCAUUAGGAUAUGAGUUCAGUUGCUUUAUAAUUUGAACUUUUAUAUUGCCUCACAUUUCUCUUAACAUCCUACAGACAGAUUGUCUUCUCUCAAAUCAGGGUUGCUUCUAGAUAAUUUGGUACCUCGAUGGAACUAGUUCUUUGCAGUUUGAAGAAAUUAAUGAUUCUUUGAGAAGUACUCUUGCAUUUCUUUAUUAAUCUGCUUUCUGUUCUAGCUGCAGACCUUUACUGGAAAUUUUAUUCAAAGCUGGACUUUCCAGUUUCACUUCCUAAAACAGAAAUACUCCCUCAUGUAUUAUACUUUUUUAACACUGAAGUUUUAUCAUUCAUUUCCUAGUUUCCUUUGUGGUGAAUGAGACCUGUGCCUAACUCCUUCAUUUUUAAUUGUGAGCUGAAUUACCUGGGCAGGAAUCUCUUUUCUUCUUGAAACUCAUACUGUUCACAAUUGCCCACAGACCUAGAAAUUUGAAUCUUGCUUCACUUCUCUCGGUGCAUAUGCAAUGAGAUAAACCUGCUAAUGUAUCUAUGAAGUUAAAUUUUACAUUGUUUUUCCUCAAAUUUAAAGUACUAGGACAGCUAGGUGGCUCAGUGGAUAGAGAACCAGGCCUGGAAUAGGAAGACCUGGGCUCAAAUGUGGCCUCAGACACUUCCUAGCUGUAUGACCCUGGACAAGUCACUUAACCUUGUUUGCCUAGCCCUUGUCAUUCUGUCUUAGGGAUGUUACUAAGACAGAAAGUAAGAGCUUAAGACUAAGGGGGAAAAAAUGACAAUUUAUUUUUCCUAUUUAAGUCAGAAUCGAUUAUAAUAGAUUAGGAAUUAAAUCAUUUACUUGCUCUUCUCCCGCAUUUAUUUUUCAAUUUGGCCAUGUACUUUAAGUUCCAUAUCUCACAUUAGUUGUAUGACCUUGAAUAACUCAACUCGUGAGCCUCAGUUUUCUUGUGUAUAUAAUGGGGAUACUAUCUUCUCUACAGGGUUAAAGGAAAUAUUUUGUAAACUGUAUAAGUGUAAACUAUGUGUAUGUGCUAUGUGAAUGAGGAUAGUUAUUAAUAAAUAUUUGAUGACUAUUUCAGUUAAUCUGUUUCCUGACUUUAUAGAAUUCCCUACCAACUAAGAAGCAUUAUUCUUGUGUUUACUGUGUACCUGACAGUACAACUUUAUGUUAAGCUACUGUAGUAAAACAAUGCUAUCUAACUGUGUAUGCCUGGACUCUGAUUAAGAUGUUAAUUGAAAAGCAACCAAAAGAAAACAUUUGGUCUGCUUGCCAUUAAAUUUGAUGUUUCUGGCAAUAGUAUAAUGGGUACCAAGAUAUAAAGAAAUUUAUUUGAAUAAAACUUAAAUAAAAAUAAAAUUCAUUUGAAAAAAGCCAUUCAAAGAUAGAAUGCAAAAUGUUUCAAAGUAAAAAUAUUCUUGAUGGGUCUAAAUUAUAUAAAAUGGAUCCGUUUUUUAGAAACCUAUAACAACAAAAAUGAGUUUCAUAUUAUGAUCUCAGAGACUAUUCAAACUAGCUGUCUUUCAAAGUUUUGCCAGACUUUCCCAUACUUGAGGGGGUAAUUUAAAAAGAAAAAUUAAAUUACUUGCCCACAACUAUCUGAUUUCCUGAAAAUUUCUUCCAAAUAUUAGAUGAGUGCUUUGCAUGUAUCAAGUGAGUAUAUUGAAUGUGAUAACCUCACUUUCAACUUUUAUCAAUGAGAGAUAGACAGUAAGUCAUUUGUCUCGCUUUCCAAUUCUUGUAUUUGACAUCUUAGAAAUGUGUAUGAAAGCCAUAAGAUGAUCACUUUGACAUCAAGAGAUUUGUACUCCCCAAAGAAGUUGACCAUCAAAUUUAUGUGUCUGUGUAUUAAGAAGUAGAUGGCCAAACACGAAUCUGCUUUUAGAGGAAUUAUUAUGCAUCCAGUGUUUAGAGAGGACUGUGUGAAAUGGUGUUGUGGGAUAGAUCUCUAGAUAUCUGGGAAAUGUUAGCAAAGAGACUCCACAAAGGACACUAUGCUAGAUGUCCAGUCAUGUUGUAGAGAGUUGAAUCUCUACUAAUCAUUCUUCCUGUCUAUUCUUUGAGAAUAGAACCUCAUCUGGAGGUUGCAGGCAGUACUUCCCUGCAGAAUUGUUGGACUGCAUGCAGGAAAUCAUCCGGCUGUGCACUCUUGUGAUUGGAGGAAUAUUGCUGGUUUGAAUAAUGAACAUGUUAGUGUCGGUAGAGGGGAUUGGCCAGGCGCUGCUGCAGUGAGAAUGCAGGCUGGAUGCUCAGGUCCUCAGCUUGUCUGAUCAUUAGUUGAUCUGGGGACAGCUGGUUAAUUGGGAGCACUAAGUGGCUUCUAUCACGAGAAGGGUUGUUUUUUUUUCUUGGCCUUUUUUAUUUUUAUUUUUUUUAAUAAAACUAAGUACUUUCUCAUCUUUCACCUGAAAGAUUAGGUUUUCAGCUCCAGCCUUUUUUUUUUCCCCCAUCAGCCUGGUGAAGCGUCUUACAGUAAGCUACUUCUCAGGCCAGGCACGACAGCAGUAACAGCAAAUUUGAAAAGGGAGGAAGCAAUCGCUGAACGCAUAGUUUCUUCAGCCUUGGAACUCCCAGGUCAAGUCUUUUCAAGCUGCUGUAUAGCCUGUAACAUUUGGUAUUGUGGCCACAACCCUCCUUGAAAGUGAACAGUCACCAACUGCGGAGUUUUUCUUGACUGGGAGAUUGGAGGGAGCAGUGAUGCUGCAGAUGCUCUGGCAUUUUCUGUCUAGUUUUUUCCCUAGGGCUAUGUGCCAAGGCUCUACAGAGAGAAAAGAUAAUGAAGCCAAAGGCAAACAAGAUUCUGCCCAGGGAGACCAGGUGUCAAACCUGUUGGGGAAACAGGACAGAGGGGCUGAUUCCACGGAAAAGAGACCAACCAUUUUACUAGUGGUUGGACCUGCAGAGCAGUUUCCUAAGAAAAUUGUGAAAGCUGGUGAUAAGGACCUUGAUGGGCAGCUGGACUUUGAGGAAUUUGUUCAUUAUCUUCAAGACCACGAGAAGAAACUGAGGCUUGUUUUUAAGAGCUUGGACAAAAAGAAUGAUGGCCGCAUCGAUGCUCAGGAGAUCAUGCAGUCCCUGCGGGAUCUGGGGGUCAAGAUCUCUGAACAGCAGGCUGAAAAAAUUCUUAAGAGAAUACGAACGGGCCAUUUCUGGGGCCCUGUCACCUACAUGGACAAAAACGGAACUAUGACAAUUGACUGGAAUGAAUGGAGAGAUUAUCAUCUUUUACAUCCAGUCGAAAAUGUUCCUGAGAUCAUUCUGUACUGGAAGCAUUCCACGAUCUUUGAUGUGGGAGAGAACCUAACUGUCCCUGAUGAAUUCACUGUGGAAGAGAGGCAGACAGGGAUGUGGUGGAGACAUCUCGUAGCUGGAGGAGGAGCAGGGGCUGUAUCUAGGACCUGCACAGCUCCCCUGGACCGGCUGAAGGUGCUGAUGCAGGUCCAUGCUUCCCGAAGCAACAACAUGUGUAUUGUUGGAGGGUUCACACAGAUGAUCCGAGAAGGAGGGGCCAAAUCUCUCUGGCGGGGCAAUGGCAUCAACGUCAUCAAAAUUGCCCCUGAAUCAGCUAUUAAAUUUAUGGCCUAUGAGCAGAUCAAGCGUCUUGUUGGUAGUGACCAAGAAACACUGAGGAUUCAUGAGAGGCUGGUGGCAGGCUCUCUGGCAGGAGCUAUUGCCCAGAGUAGCAUCUAUCCCAUGGAAGUCCUAAAAACAAGGAUGGCCCUUCGGAAAACAGGACAGUAUUUGGGCAUGUUGGAUUGUGCCAAGAAGAUCCUGUCCAAGGAGGGAAUGACAGCUUUCUACAAAGGCUAUGUCCCCAACAUGCUUGGAAUUAUUCCUUAUGCUGGAAUAGAUCUGGCUGUUUAUGAGACACUAAAAAAUACCUGGUUACAGCGUUAUGCAGUCAACAGUGCAGACCCUGGUGUAUUUGUCCUCUUAGCUUGUGGCACAAUAUCUAGUACUUGUGGACAGCUGGCCAGUUACCCUCUGGCUCUUGUGAGGACUCGGAUGCAAGCCCAGGCUUCAAUUGAGGGAGCCCCAGAAGUGACCAUGAGCAGCCUCUUCAAACAGAUCCUUCGGACAGAAGGAGCAUUUGGCCUGUAUAGAGGCUUGGCCCCCAACUUCAUGAAGGUGAUCCCAGCUGUGAGCAUCAGCUAUGUGGUUUAUGAGAACCUGAAGAUCACUUUAGGGGUGCAGUCUCGGUGACAGGCAGGUUGGCUCCAGACUGUUGGACUUAACGAUCUUGGGCCAAAGUCCCAGGAUGUAUAGCCAUCUCAUUCUGUGAAUGUGUCAACACUAAGCUGACUUAAGCCAAGCUGUGAAAACCCCAGAAUGUAUAUGACAGCUUUAAGAGGCAGGGUAGGGAGAGGUCUGAGCCUUUGGUCAACACAUCAGUCAGUCUUGCUGUCCCAGAUCUCAUUGUAAACCCCUAAGAAAACCCCAUUUGUUCCCUACAAAGCCUUUCUUAGGGGCCUUGGGGUGGGAACAGGACCUGGGGCUUUCAGGUAAGGAGAAAAGUGCUCCCUGCCAGGCCUGCUAAAAAAAUAGGGGCUUGGGAACUGGCUUACUUCCACCAUCUUGCACUAAGCAACCAAGCUAUUUGUUCCAGAGGAUCUUAACCCUCUGAUUCGCUAAGGGUUUUCCCUUUUCAAUCUUUGCUCACUUCCUAUCUGCUGUUUUAAUUCUUAAAACACACUGUGGUGGGACAUUCAGUGUUCCCAGGUCACACCUGUUUAUCAUGUAUGCUCCCAUGGUGAGAAGAGAUUUAACCUUAAACUUCACAAAUAGCAUUUUCCAAUGUACAAAGCUGGCCUGGUUCCUGCAGGAAAGAGAAUGACCAACUUGUGUAUUUGCUAUAAGCAGAGCACUUGUCAUCCAGGAGAGAGACAGUACAGUUCAUUGAAUAAUGAACUGGUGCCCUGCAUGUCUAUAUGCAUGGCAAGGGUGGGUAAGGCUAAUCCUUAUCUAUCUUAGCAGCCUCACGUCAUAAUGCAUGACUUCAUUGAGUAAUAUUGUUCAGCCCUUGGAACUGAAGGGCUUCUCCUCCCUACUUGGUGCCCCGAGGCACCUUGAGCUGGCUCCCAGGCAGGGUCCAGGCCAAGAGUCCACUCAGAGAUUAAGCCACUCUCCCGUGUAGGUGUCAGUCUGUUCCUCCAUCAGGAAGAGGACUCCUUGGUGUAUUUUUCUUCCCUGGUGAGAGUUAAAGGCCUUAAAUUCUGGUGGAGUUGGUCAAAGUUCAUCAGAUUUAGUUCAUCAGAAGGAGAAAUAAAUAGGUGUGCAAAUUCCUCCUUUGCUUCUGUUAUGGAGUAGGAAGAAGGGAGUGGUGGAAGCAUUAUUUCUCUGACUUCAUUAAGGUCUGUAUGAGGACAGGUUUCUAAUCUCAAGAGAUUCUUGUCCAAUUCCUAAUUGAGGCAGAAAGGGAUCAGCCUCCCAUUCCACUGAAGCAAUGUAUUAUACUCUUAAAACAUAUUUAUUUUGUAUUUAUUUGAACAGAGUUAUGUCCUAACUAUUUUUAUAGAUGUGUUUAAUUAUUAGUCUGUCCUUAGUUUUUUUAUCCUUAUUUAUGUUCAUAGUUGAUCAUACCUUCUUAGCACUGUGCAGCAGCAGGAAAGCUAUGGGGAAGACCCUAGAUAGGCAUGUGAAAAGGGCCCCUUCAUUCCAUGUAGCCUUUGCUGCCUGCCUUAGGUCUACAAGAUCAAUCAGGAGAAAUUUACUUCUAGGCUGGAGCCUGAGGAUUGUGGGUGAGAGAAAUGGGAUCAUGGUGAGGAAGAGACUUGCCUUUGCUGGACAGUCAAAAACCUUGCUCUCCUGGAGCAGUGCAUGUGAUUCAAGAAGGGAUGAGGUUGUGUGAAUGAGAGACAAUUGGGGUUAAUGGGCACAAAAAUUUAUUUGGAGAGAGGGAGAGUGGGGAAGGAGAAAUCUCAGGGAUUUCCAAGAUGAAAAUCCAAAUAAUUUCCCAGAAUCAGGAAGAAUUUUUUCAAAAACAUUAUUUCUGUUUGAAUCAAGUGGCUACAAUGACCUGACUCUCCAGGUGCCUAUGAAGAGGGAGGAGCCUUCUGGUAAAGGAGGGCUUGGUCCACUGGAUGGCUAAAUGGGAAUGGUUUUGCAGCUUAUCUGCCCCAUUUCCCCUUUCUGUUCAGACUGACAUUCCCCACUUCUUGGAGCCAGACCACCAGCUGCUUUUUGGAGCCUUGGGUCUUGCUGCUUCCUUCUUCCCCCUUCUUGAAAUAGUGGUUGUAAAUCAUUUGACUAGACAGUCAUACUUUCAUUCCACCUGUAUGGCCUAAUGGGAAAAACACAGGAUGCAAAGAUCAAUGCAAAAUUACUGUCUUUUUAGUUAUAACUGGAAUUUGUCCAAAAGCAAAAUUAAGCAACCCAACAUGGAAGUUUUCACUUAGAACAGCCUUCUAAUAAAGUUAUUUCAAUGCUAA